UGACCGAACUGCGGGGACCCCCGGGCAGGUCGCCCCGGGCUGGAGAGCGCGUGGCUCUGCAGAGGCGUGCAGAUUGAUCCUGCGAGAGAAAGGGGUUCGUCAUGGCGGACGAUCUGAGGCGAUUCCUGUACAAAAAGUUGCCAAGUGUUGAAGGACUCCAUGCAAUUGUUGUGUCAGAUAGAGACGGGGUGCCUGUUAUUAAAGUGGCCAACGACAAUGCUCCAGAGCACGCCCUGAGGCCUGGCUUCUUAUCCACCUUUGCCCUUGCAACAGACCAAGGCAGCAAACUCGGACUUUCAAAAAAUAAAAGUAUCAUCUGCUACUACAAUACCUACCAGGUGGUUCAGUUCAAUCGUUUACCUCUGGUGGUGAGUUUCAUAGCCAGCAGUAAUGCCAACACAGGACUAAUUGUCAGCCUAGAAAAGGAGCUGGCUCCGUUGUUUGAAGAACUGAUAAAAGUUGUGGAAGUGUCUUAAUCUAACAGUGGUUUUGAUGUGUACCUUGUCUUCAUUGCAACAACACUGUACCAGUCCAGCAAUCCUUAGACCACAGUAAUACCUUAUCUAUGUAUUCCGAGGGCCGCUUUUCCACCUUACACUAAAGAAGAGCCUAUAGCUAUAAUUUAUAGACAGAUCAAUUGUUGUAUUUAUGUGUAUAAGGUCUUUUCUUACUUAGUGAGAUCUGGGAACACCACAAAAAUGAUUCAUUCUGGUGCAGCUCCCAUGGAGUUAGUGUGGAUGCCUGACAGUGGGUGGUACUCUGUCCAGCGCAUGGGGGUCAGAACGGUACACAGAUGCUCUGGAGCCAGUUAGCCCUCCUGCCUCACA